AUGGAACUGCUGAAGGAACUUCAGAGACCCUGGAUCCAGGUGAAGAGGCCUGUAAAUUUCACUCGCUUGCCAACCGGGCCUUCUCCUGGAACUGAGAAUGGAGUGUCUCGUGACGCACUGAUUGCGACGGCAGUGAAGUUUCUACAGAACUCCCGGGUCCGCCAAAGCCCCCUUGCAACCAGACGAGUGUUUCUCAAGAAAAAAGGGCUGACAGACGAUGAAAUUGAAGUCGCAUUCCAGCAGUCGGGCACUGCCAAAGACGAGCCUCAGCACCAGAGCCUUUCUAGUCAGUUGGUGCCGACUCAGCCCCCUCCCCUUGCGCCAUACAGUCCGCCAAGCUCCAGAUGGCGGGAUUACGGUGCUCUAGCCAUUAUCAUGGCCGGUAUUGCGUUUGGCUUCCACCAGCUCUACAAGAAAUACCUCCUCCCUCUCAUCAUGGGGAGCAAGGAAGAUAGGAAGCAACUUCAGAGGAUCGAGUCGAACAUUUCCGAAAUGAGCGGCACCGUGACGCAGACAGUGACUCAACUCCAGGCAACUUUAGCCUCCGUCCAAGAACUUCUCAUCCAGCAGCAGCAGAAGAUACAGGAACUCACCCAAGAACUGGCAACUUCUAAGACUACGACAUCAACUAACUGGAUCCUGGAGUCUCAGAAUAUCAACGAGCUGAAGUCGGAGAUCUACUCACUAAAAGGACUGCUCCUAAACCGGAGGCAGUUCCCUCCCUCACCCUCUGCCCCCAAAAUCCCCUCCUGGCAAAUCCCGGUUAAGCCCUCCUCCCCAUCGAACCCGGUCACCAACAACCACAGCACCAGCAGCGACAUCUCCCCGGUCAGCAACGAGUCCAACUCCUCCUCGCCCGUCAAGGAGAACCACAGCCCCGAAGGGUCGAAGGUCAACUGCCACCUGCUGGGCACCGAGGAAGGGGGCGAGGCGGUGAUCGACGUCAAGGGACAGGUGCGGAUGGAGGUGCAGGGGGAGGAGGAGAAGCGGGAGGACAAAGGGAAUGAGGAAGAGGAGGAGGAGGAGGAAGACGAGGAGGACGACGACGACGUCAGCCACGUGGACGAAGAAGAGUGCUUGGACGUCCAGACGGAGGACCGGCGAGGCGGGGACGGCCAGAUCAACGAGCAAGUGGAGAAGCUACGGAGGCCCGAGGGGGCCAGCAACGAGAACGAGAUUGACUAGUGCGGCUGGGAUGGCGACUCCUGGCUGCUCCCAGCGCCUCUUGGUCAUGCUCCAUUCCCUGGGCCUCCUCAACGCCCAGUGAUUUCCCCUGUCUCCCCCACCCCCACCCCCACCCUGUGAUUCACCACGAGUACCGUUGUGAUCUCCUAGCGAGCCAGGUGGCCACUGAGCCAAGCUGGGCCUGAGCAGCCCACCUCCCAGCAUUGCCACCCUUUUCCCCGUCCCCGUUCUAUAGAGGGUUCGGUCGCUACCCGGCCUGCACCGCGGUUAGGGGUAGUGGGGGGGGGUCUCCUUGCUAAAGACGUUCAGCCCACAUCACCCCAAGCUUCCGGUCCCUUCCCACCCAUUCCAGGCCCCUCUUUCGUCACCACCCGCCAAAGUCGCUAACCCAGCCAGCGUUCCAUCACUGAACGCCGGGCUUCUGCCUUCUGAGGGGUCCCACAACCACCCACCACCCCUCCUCUCUCCCCGGUUGACAUUUUUUCUGCAUCGGCCCUCAUUCCCAAGUCAGUCCCUUCCUCGUCAGACAGCCCAGCCUCGAAGAAAUGUGAACGUUCCCCACCAUCACCACCUUGUAUCUACCCACCCCCCCUUUCCUAGUGUUCCGGGGACACAGGAAAGCAUCUAGAGCUCCAUAGCCGAUUGACUUGCUGUUUGCUCUGUGAAAACUAGAUUUGAUCUGAGCCCCACGUUGAGGAUUCUGGGGGCCAAGUCUCCUUCAUGAGUGGCCGGUCAGCUCCGCAGCCCCCACUUUCUAUUACCCAUCAUGCCUUCUUUCCUCACUCUAACUCAGUUCUCUGUCUGCCUCCCCGCCCUUGCCGGCAUUCUGAAAUUUCUCUUUCUAGCAAGGGGGGGAGAAGAGGAGGGGGGAACCAUGCCGCCCCAGCUGCACCUUAAGGGGGGCGGGAGGUGUCCGUGAUUUGGGGUCCUGGUCCCCAGCUGCUAACCCUACACUACACCCUGUGGUCGAAAUGAUUUUCCCUGCGGGGAAAGGAAACCAAAUUGAAUGAUUAUUUGCUUACCCUUCCCCCCUCAGUCCCCAGUUUGGACCUGCGCCAUGGCCCCUGGGAAGUGUCGGCUCAGUUCUCGGUGCUGAUGACGGGCCUCUGGGUCCGUCGAACGAAAAGGAGAAACGCCCACCACACGAGGCUCAAUUUUCCAAGGACCAAGUGCUCUUCUCCUAACAAAAUUCCAUGGUGGAGACCUAUUUCUCGAACCUCUGUCCCUUUCCCCUGUGACGCCCGCUCACUUCCCCUCACUUUUGCCUUAUCGGGUAGAGAAAAUGGCAACAGACCACUGGCUUUGGGAAGCCCUCGUUUUGCGGCGGCGUAUUCUCGGCCGAUCCGACUAGCCGUGUCUGAUUCCUGUUCACUUCUUGAGGGAAGAGCCUCAGUUCCUGCAACGUCUCAAGUCUCACAACCUCCUCGACUCUCACUAAGAGGAAAGCAGAAACGUGCUCAUCCAUGUGAUCAUGUAUAGAAUUCAAAUAUAAAAUAUGAUUGUAUAUAAUUGUAAUAAAUAUGAGUUACCACUAUUUA